AUGAGCAUUUUGUUGCCUUCUGCUUAACCGUUGCUCUAAUCACCAUCUUCCUUUCUCACUAGAUUUCUUAAUGGCUGUGCCAGUUUGGUGACCGUACCAGCGUUCCCAUGUCAUUUCUGAAGUGGGUGUCCGAGAAACUCAGUGUGGAGAGUCUGCAGGACGUGGGAUUGUUUGCUGAGCGACCUCAGACAGAAUAUCAAAGAAAGAUCACCUGCUCCCCCAGGAGGGUCAGAUCUCCCAGGCGAGUCAGGGGGUGUGGUUCGGGAGACCUGAAGACAGAUGAACACUCAACCGGACACACUGUGUUCUCCCAGAACUGGGAGACCAUGAGUACAUUACCAGCCGACAGUAGUUCCUAUGAACUACUGCAAGUAAUCGGUACUGGGUUUGAGGACAUUCUGACUGUGAGCCUGGCCAGGUAUAAACGCACUGGUCAACGUGUGACCGUUCGUAGGAUUAAUUUGGACUACUGCACCAAUGAGAUGUUUACUUUAUUACAGGGGGAACUCCAUAUAUGUAAGCUCUUUCACCAUCCCAACAUAUUGCCGUACAAAGCCACGCUGAUAGCUAACAAUGAAGUGUGGGUCGUGACUCCGUUCAUGGAAUACGGUUCUGCCAAAGAUCUCAUGAACAGCCACUUUACAGAUGGUUUGGGGGAACUUACUAUCGCGUACAUCCUACAGGGAGUGCUAAAGGCUUUGGAUUACAUUCAUAGAAUGGGCUACGUACACAGGAGCGUUAAAGCGAGUCACAUUCUAAUCUCAGUGGAUGGACAAGUUUAUUUAUCAGGACUCCGCAGUAUUUUCAGCAUGAUCAGCCAUGGGAAGAGGCUAAAGGUGGUUCAUGAUUUCCCGAAAUACAGUGUUAAAAUAUUGCCGUGGCUGAGCCCAGAUUUGCUACAACAGAACCUGCAGGGUUAUGAUGCAAAAUCAGAUAUUUAUAGUUUGGGAAUAACUGCCUGUGAGCUGGCUAAUGGGCACGUUCCCUUCAAAAACAUGCCGGCAACUCAGAUGUUGCUGGAGAAGUUGAAUGGCACCGUGCCCUGCCUACUGGACACCACCACCAUCCCUGAGGACGAGCUGAUGAUGAAGAACUCUCGCUCAGGGGUGGACUCGGGGAUAGUGGAGGGCAGUGCGGCCUGUGGAGCCCGAGCAACAAACGGGGAACAUGAGCAGCACCCUUACAACAGGACCUUCUCUGGGCUCUUCCACAACUUUGUAGAGCUGUGCUUACAGAGGGAGCCUGAGCACAGACCCUCAGCCAACGCACUCCUCAAUCAUUCAUUUAUAAAACAGCUGAAGAGGAGAGCAGCAGAGAUGCUGCCGGAGCUGCUGCGACCAGUGGCCCCCAUGCCAGACUGCAACUCCUCUCAAGGGCACGACAGAGGGAUGGACGAAAUGGAAGCCAGUUUGGAAGAGUUGGACAUUGAGGACUGGGAUUUCUGAUAACAAACGUUGACCAGAUUCUUAGAGAAAAAAAUAUUGCUUGACAUCAGUGAUCCUUAUUUUUUUAUAUAGUAUCAAAGAGUUGACUUCAUCAACCUUCCGACCUUGGGGAGGCGGCAGCUUCUACCCUGCUCCAAGCCACCUCCGCUGAUGAUGGAAGCAGGGAAGCAUGGGAAUGUUGCACACUGUCUCUGGCAAGGCUGCUCAGAAGAAGAAUUAGCUGAAGAAAUUGGGAAUUUACAGAUUGGCGCGAUUUUACUUUUUCCAUUACUUCAGUUCCUAUAAUGUGAGAUGCACCAGCAGGGUUCUGAUACAGGAAUGUGGAGGCCAGUGAGUGAGGUGGCGGGGGGUGAUCUUACUCCUGCUUACCCCCUUUUGGGGGGGGUUGAGGAGAGAGAACAAACCAUUCCUGGAGAGACUGAACACUGGCGUGCUUAUUCCUGGACCUUUGUACCUGAAUUGUUAUUUAUUCUGAUUCGAUCAAUAUUAAAGUUACAUUUGGAUAUAAA